ACUUGAUACUCUCUUACUGCUACCACCAAAAGCUGCAUACCUCCAAACAAGCGGUGUCUGCUGCUGCUGCUGACCCGCGCGCUGCCAUGGAAGGAGAGCGGGAGGGGUUUACGGCCAAGAACGAGGGCGACGCCGGAGGAGAUGGUGGUGGACCGGGCACAGGUAAUAAUGGUGGUCGCGGCGGCGGAGCGAACGGGAGGAGGAGGUGGAAGGGCGGCGGCGGGUAUAGGCAGCAUCCGAUCAUCCAUGCCUACCCAGCGCUCCUGCCGCUGCCAAUAAACGGCGCCACCGGCCACCCGCACAUCAAUGGCGCCCUCUCACUGCCUCUGCCGCUGCCACCGCCGGUGCUGCUGUAUCUGCAGCAGCCGCCGCUGCCCCCGCCCCCGCUGUUACCCCUGCUCCCCAAGGCCGCCGCCACCACGUGCUACGGCAAGCCGCCCAAGGCAGCCUUCGCAGCGCCGAAGGGCUCAAUGUGGAGGCACAGGCCAUCGAAGAAGCCGCCGCCGCACGCCAUCACCGCUGCUCUGCUGCCGCUCCCGCGGGAUGCCAAGGCACUUCAGCAGAAAACAUGCUUCGGGAAUGAGAGAAAAACAUCUGAGAUGGAGGGAAAUCAUGUACACACCCAUGAGAAGUUUGCUGCUGCAUCACAGGAUAGUGCAAUUGCACGGAGACCCGACAUGGGCGGUGUUGAGGGGGCCGAAAUCCCUGUUUCUGCAAACCAUUUCCUUGUCCAGUUUGAUCCUGGCCAGAAGAUUUUUCAUUACAAUGUUGACAUAUCUCCUCAUCCAUCUAAAGAAAUCGCAAGAAUGAUCAAAAGAAAACUAGUUGAAGAAAAUUCAAGUGUUCUCUCAGGUGCCCAACCAGCUUUUGAUGGCCGCAAGAACCUAUAUAGUUCUGUUCGAUUUCAGAAGGAUAGAAUUCAGUUCUUUGUCAGCCUCCCAGUUGCACCAGCACGGUAUUCAGUAAUUAAAGAGGAUACCGGCCACAAGCUUGACAGACAGAAACUCAAGACUUUCAAAGUGAAUGUUCGGUUGGUUUCAAAGUUCAGUGGUGAGGACUUGAUUAAAUAUCUUAACGAGGACAAAGAUGGCAUCCCUCUCCCGCAGGAUUACCUCCAUGCAUUGGAUGUCAUCUUGCGUGAAGGUGCUAUGGAAAGUUCUAUCCUAGUGGGCCGAUCACUAUAUGCACGCUCCAUGGGGGAAGCAAGGGAGAUUGGCGGUGGUGCUGUUGGAUUAAGAGGUUUCUUUCAAAGCUUAAGGCCAACCAAGCAAGGUCUUGCCCUUAAUGUUGACCUCUCACUAUCAGCUUUCCACGAGAGCACAGGCAUAAUUUCAUACUUGCAGAAGCGCUGUGACUUCUUGAAGGACCUUCCACAGAAUAAAACAAGGGCUUUGGCAGAAGAGGAGCGCAGGGAGGUGGAAAAAGCAUUGAAAAAUAUCCGGGUAUUUGUGUGCCAUCGCGAGAGUAAUCAAAGGUAUCAUGUGCAUAGCUUGACCAAGGAGACAACACAAAACCUGAAGUUUCGCGACCGAAGUGGGAAGGAUCUUAUGGUGGUGGAUUACUUCAAGGAGCAUUAUAACCAUGAUAUACAAUUCAGGAACCUUCCAUGCUUGCAGGUUGGCAGGAGCAAGCCGUGUUAUGUGCCAAUGGAGCUUUGUGUAGUUUGUGAGGGACAGAAGUUUCUUGGCAAGCUGUCUGAUGAACAGACUUCUAAGAUUCUGAAAAUGGGAUGUGAAAGACCAAGUGAAAGAAAGGGAAUCAUAAAGGGUGUUGUUGAAGCUGCAUUUCGUGCAAGAAGUAAUGCUUACGCUGAUCAGUUCAAUCUCCAAGUGUCAAAAGACAUGACGGAGCUCUCUGGCAGAGUUCUCUUGCCACCAAAAUUAAAGCUUGGUAGCGGUGGGCGCAUCAAGGACAUAACACCGGACCGAUUUGAUCGGCAAUGGAGCUUGUUGGAUAGCCAUGUUGCAGAGGCCUCCAAUAUCAAGAGCUGGGCCUUGAUAAGCUUUGGUGGCACCCCAGAGCAGCACUUUUUCAUUCCAAAGUUUGUGAACCAGCUAUCAAAUCGGUGUGAGCAGCUUGGAAUUCUCCUAAACAAGAAGACUGUUAUCAGCCCAUUAUUUGAGAGGAUUCAACUACUCAAUAAUGUGGGAAUUUUGGAGGACAAGCUCAAGAAAAUUCAAGAAGCUGCAUCAGGCAACUUGCAGUUGCUGAUCUGUGUCAUGGAGAGGAGGCACCAAGGCUAUGCCGAUCUAAAGCGAAUUGCGGAAACGUCCAUUGGUGUUGUGACACAAUGUUGCCUUUACUCCAACUUAAGAAAGCUGACCUCCCAAUUCUUGACGAAUUUAGCCUUGAAGAUCAAUGCAAAGCUCGGUGGCUGCAAUAUUGCCUUAUACAGCAGCUUGCCAUGCCAAAUUCCUAGAAUUUUUUCAGAGGAGGAGCCAGUGAUGUUCAUGGGUGCUGAUGUCACCCACCCACACCCCCUUGAUGAUUCAAGUCCAUCAGUGGUUGCUGUUGUUGCAAGCAUGAAUUGGCCCUCGGCAAAUAAGUACAUCUCCAGGAUGAGGUCACAGACACACCGGAAAGAAAUCAUUGAGUACCUGGAUAUUAUGGCUGGUGAACUACUUGAAGAAUUUCUAAAAGAAGUGGGGAAGCUCCCAAGCAGAAUCAUAUUCUUCAGAGAUGGUGUGAGCGAGACACAAUUCUACAAGGUGCUGAAGGAGGAGAUGCAUGCGGUGCGCACAACUUGUUUGAGGUAUCCAGGUUAUAAACCCUUGAUCACAUUCAUUGUAGUUCAGAAGAGGCAUCACACAAGACUUUUCCACAGGGGGAGGAAUGGCAGCUCACCACCAUAUUCUGAUCAGAACAUACCACCAGGAACAGUUGUGGACACAGUGAUUACACACCCUAGGGAAUUCGAUUUUUAUCUAUGCAGCCACUGGGGCAACAAGGGGACAAGCCGGCCGACUCAUUAUCAUGUUUUGUGGGAUGAGAAUAACUUCCGCUCCGAUGAAGUGCAGCAACUGAUACACAAUCUUUGUUAUACAUUUGCUCGGUGCACCAGGCCAGUUUCUCUUGUCCCGCCGGCUUACUACGCACAUCUUGCAGCAUAUAGAGGCAGGUUGUACCUUGAGAGGUCAGAUACAACUAUAUACAGGGUCACUCCGUUGCAGACUGUGCCGCUACCUAAGCUCAGAGACAACGUGAAGAGUCUCAUGUUCUACUGUUAGCUUCGCCGCCCAGAAUUUGGUUGUUGAAACAGUGUUUACCAUCUUAUCUUCAACGCAUAUCUCCUGCCUUUGUGUUUUUCUGUAUUUGUCCAAAAUUUGGAAACAUGUAUAGUGUUCCUGGACAGAAAUUAUGUUCAUCAUAACAUCUUACGGCAGUUGACACUUGGUAGUAUUAUUUAUGCAAAAUUCUGAGACCGACCUGUUCCAUUACCAUAGAUGAUCUUGGUAAGUGGGUUUGCCUCUUUCAACUAUCUGGACAGUGAUGUGGUCCUGGAGAUGAAAAUACUAUUUGCUGCCGUGUUCCAAAUUUGGUUUUUAUAGUGGCACUAAAACUUUCUGGCGUCACCAAACAAUUAUGUUUAGUAUACUCCAUAGAGUAUUAUGGUUGUGCUCUAACAGUUGAUAAUCCUACAC